AUGCCAGGGACCCCUGAGUACACAUUGGUGCACCACACCGACACAGGGUCCUGCUCCACUCCACAGACCUGUUCUGCAAAGAUGGUAGCCUUCCAACAAUAUCACAUGGACACCAACGGUUGGUCCGACGUUGGAUACAACUUUGUGAUCGGCGGCGAUGAGAGGGUCUACGUGGGGCGUGGCUGGGGCAAAGUAGGGGCACAUGCUAACUCUUCCUUCUACAACCGGCAUUCAGUGGGCAUUGCUAUUACUGGAGAGUACACAGGCUCCUUGCCCAGUGAUGGGGUACUUUCUGUUCUCAACCAAUUGAUGGAAUGCGGUGUCGAGUCUGGCAACCUGUCUCCUGCGUACAUCAUCAAGGGGCACCGUGAUGUGCGGACGACAGACUGCCCCGGUGAUGCACUCUACAAUGAGAUUAAGACCUGGUCCCACUAUGGAGAUCUUGGAGCCACAACUGAAGAGCCACAGUCAUGGACAGCCGAUGUCACGCAGGAGAUAAGUCAAGGAAGUUGCGAGGGUCUGACUUUCGUCUCGAGGUCCGAGUGGGAAGCCGUAUCUCCCCGCAGUACCACGGCGAUGUCAGGGACUCCAGACUACACAGUGGUGCACCACACCGUCUAUGGGUCAUGCGACUCUCUUCAAACCUGCUCGGCAAAGAUGCUGGGUUUCCAGCGGUGGCACAUGAACGCCAGAGGCUUUACCGACGUUGGAUACAACUUUGUGAUCGGCGGUGAUGGGAGAGUCUACGUGGGGCGUGGCUGGGGCACCGUGGGGGCGCAUGCUGGAUCGGACUAUAACCCGAAUUCAGUGGGCAUUGCGAUCAUGGGAGACUACACAAGCUCCCCGCCGAGUAGUGGGUUACUGUCUGUUCUCAACCAGUUGAUGGGAUGCGGUGUCGAGUCUGGUAACCUGUCUCCCUCGUACAAAAUGAAGGGGCACCGUGACGUACGAUCAACAGAGUGCCCCGGCGACGCCCUCUAUAAUGAGAUUACGACCUGGUCCCAAUAUGAAGCUGUUGGCCACCUUGUAAUGUCCACGAUGGCUCUUCCUUGCUUGGCUGUUGUAGGCAUAAUUUGUCUCUCCGUAGGAAGUAAUGGCGUGUUUGGGAAGACCUCGGCACAUGAAAUGCGAAGCUCCAAGAACAAAGACUCCCCGUGCGAUACAUUAGUCUUCGUCAAUCGGACUCAGUGGCAUGCCAAGCCCCCUAAGGCUGUGGCUCUGAUGCCGGUGCCGGUGGGGUACACGAUCAUCCAUCACACCGACACUCCGCAGUGCUACACUCUCGAUGAAUGCUCUGCAAAUAUGAGCAUCUUCCAAGAGUGGCAUUUCAAGAAAGGCUGGAACGAUAUCGGAUACAAUUUUGUCAUUGGUGGCGACGAGAGGGUCUACGAAGGGCGUGGCUGGGACACCGUGGGUGCGCAAGCCGGGUCUACAUACUACAACCACCACUCGGAAGGCAUUGCGAUCAUCGGAAACUACAUGACUGAGCUGCCGACUCCGGGUGUACUGAAGGUUUUCCAUCAGCUGACGGCUUGCGGUGUCCAUCUGGGCUACCUGACCGACCGGUACGUGCUGCGAGGCCACCGGGACGUACGGCAGCUCGGCCCCACGGAUUGCCCUGGAGACAAGCUGUAUGCCGAGAUACGCACCUGGCCUCACUACCUCGAACCGACGGAUGACGACACGACUUAAGCUUGAUAAGGGUGCAACCUUGUAUUAAAAUUCCCAUAGACACUAGUGCUAAAUGUCCAUACUUCAAAAUUAUUUGAAAAAUACUCAGAACUCUUACAUGUAUUUAAGCUGCACAGAAAAAAAUGAUGAUCAACAUGUCAUCUUUCAUUUUAUUUUAAUAUUGUUAAUGCAAGAGGGGCACUUGUGUUUAUUAGGGGCAGGUUUCCCAUUACAAGAGAUGAGACAAUUAUUUGUAGCGCGAUUAUAUGCUUACACGUGUGCGUUUGAGGGGCAGUUUUAUUUUCACAUCGAAGGGGCACAUUUAUAGCCACUAGAGGGGCACUUAUAAUAAUACUUUCGGAUAAAAUGCAAUACAGAGAAAUCUUGAUAAGACAAACCUCAAGGGAACAGGUUUAAAAUUUGACUUAAGCAGAGUUCUGAGUCAAGUAGGGUUGUAGGCCUAUAUCAUUGUUAUACUACUGAAGGCAAUGGAUUUUCUGUUUGACUUAACAUUUGUUUUGAGUUACCAGAGUUUGACUUAUCGAUAUUUCACUGUACUUAAAUGAAUGCAGUAUGUGAGCGAAUAAGAACUAAUUAACGAGAAACGUUUGCAGCUAUUCAAAAGUAACUGACAUGUUUUAAAGCAUACUUGAUUCAAAGAUAGUAA